GGGCCGCACUGCAUGGCGGGAGUUAUUCACCCUUUUUCCUGUCAUCAACUGACAUUACUGAGCAUGCGUUUGACAAUCUACUGUCCGGCGCUUGCUAGGGAAAUGGACCAAGAAACCAGUGGACCCCGAUACAACCAGAAGUAGCUAAAUGUGUACACGAUGAUCAAGUUCCUGCUGAUGGUAAACAAACAGGGGCAGACCCGGCUGUCCAAGUACUACGAGGCCGUGGAGGUGGUUAAGAGAGCGCCCCUUGAAGCUGACGUGGUGAAGGGAUGUCUGUCACGCAAAAAAGAGGAGUGCUCCUUUGUGGAAUACAAGGAUUUCAAGCUGGUGUACCGUCAGUAUGCCGCCCUGUUUAUAGUGGUCGGCAUCAGUGGUUCAGAGAAUGAGCUGUCCAUCUAUGAACUGGUCCACAACUUUGUGGAAGUUCUUGACAAGUACUUCAGUCGUGUGAGUGAACUAGAUGUAUCCUUUACACAUGAAUAGAUUAGGAGGAAAUAGGACCUCUGGAACGUGUAAGCCUAACCCAUAAACUUGUCUGUCUAUAUGCCUAAUGUGUCGUAAAAUGGGGCUUUAUUGAUUUCCUGAGUUGUAGCCCAGAUCAUGUUCAACCUGGACAAGGUGCACAUCAUCCUGGAUGAGAUGAUUCAGAACGGCCACAUCGUGGAAACUAACAAGAACCGCAUUCUGGCUCCUCUGCUGGCCCUGGACAAGAUGGCUGACUCAUAACAGCUGUUUUUUAAAACCUAGAAGUAAAUACAUUUUGUGGAUAUAGUUUGUAACAUUUUCAUGUGAUCUACUGUAUUUCCUGUUAUUGAUUACUUUUUAUAUAUGAUGAUUUACCUUUUUAUAAAUAAAAACCAAAACUAAGA